AUGUCAAUAAAUCAUUUAUUAAAUCCAGUACUAACUUCAACUCCUACUUAUCUUGAGAUGUCACAACAAUUUGAUUUUACAAAUCAUUCGCAUAGAAGAUUAAAUUUAUUAACUAAUAGAUAUGUAUUAUGUUCACCGCAUAGAGCAAAAAGACCAUGGCAAGGUGCUAAAGAAGAAAUUAAAAAGACACAAUUACCUGAAUAUGAUCCAAAAUGUUAUUUAUGUCCUGGUAAUGUAAGGGCUACUGGUGAUGUUAAUCCAAAAUAUGAAACAACUUAUAUUUUCCCAAAUGAUUAUCCAGCUAUGAAAAUAGAUCAACCAGAUUAUAAACAACCAAAAGGAAAAGAUUUAAAAAGUAAACUAUUCGUAACUCAAGCUGUUAAAGGUAAAUGUUUCGUCAUUUGUUUUUCAUCAAAACAUAAUUUAACAUUACCAUUAAUGAAUAAAGAAGGAUUAAUUUCGGUUGUAAAUGCAUGGCAAACUUUAUAUAAUAAUCUAAAUGAAGAACAAUCUAAAGGUGAUGCACCUUUUAAAUAUUUACAAAUUUUUGAAAAUAAAGGUUUUGCAAUGGGUUGUUCAAAUCCUCAUCCACAUGGUCAAGCUUGGUGUUUGGAUACAAUACCAACUGAAGUAAAUGAAGAAUUGACGAAUAUGGAAAAAUAUCAUGAAGAAAAUAGUAGUCAUCUAUUAGGUGAUUAUGUUAAAUUAGAACUACAAGAAAAAGAAAGAAUAGUAGCUGAAAAUGAUUCGUUUUUAAUUGUGGUUCCAUAUUGGGCUUUAUGGCCAUUUGAAACUUUAGUUAUAUCAAAAGAGCAUUUACAUUCAAUUGCUGAAUUUAAUGAUACACAAAAACAAGAUUUAGCUUCAAUUUUGAAAAUCUUAACUACAAAGUAUGAUAAUUUAUUUAAUACUUCAUUUCCUUAUUCAAUGGGUAUUCAUCAAGCUCCAUUCACUUGUACAAAAGAACAGCAUGAUUGUUCUUGGUUUCAUAUGCAUUUUUAUCCUCCCUUAUUAAGAUCAGCUACUGUUAAAAAAUUUUGUGUUGGUUUUGAAAUGUUGGGAGAAGCUCAAAGAGAUUUAACUAGUGAACAAGCAGCUGCAAGAUUAAAUGAGUUAAGUGGUGAAGUACACUAUAUGAAUCAAUAA